UGAAUAUUGGGUUUUGCAACAUGGCCGCCAAGAAGAGCGACGAGAUCGACCGCGAGAUCGCGGCGGUGAUCGCGGAAGCAUCCAAGCAAGAUCUUGGGAAACCCAAGAAGAAGGCGGCGCCUCGGUUGAGUCUCCCCGACGACAUGAGGAACCAUCAUGUGGGUGACGUCAACGCCGGUACGUACACCCGCGUGCAUCUCCGCGUGCGCGCCGAAACGCGGUUCGGCGAAGAACUGCAUUGCAGUGGAGCGUCGUACACCAUGGGACAGUACAACCCGAGCGAAAGCAUUGAGUUGGUGACGUCCCCCGACGAAUACCCCGUGUGGCGCACCGUGAAGCCGCUCAUCCUUCCUCGCGGCAUCGUGCACAAGUACAUGUACGCUGUCUUUUCCGGCGGCGUGUUUGCGCAUUGGGAACCCAUCGACUGCGAUCGCCAGGUCGUUCCCCAGGGCCGCGACAUGACCAUCUCGGAGGACUACGGCACGUUCGACCCCCACAGCACGCUCGUGCUGUCGUCGCCGUCGUCGUCCGUGUACACGCGCGUCCCCCCAGCGUCGUCCCUCUCGUCCAAAGUGUCCUCGUCCUCCAAGGACCAUUCUCUCUCUGUUGAUGCGCCGCUGUCAUCCCUCACGCGGUCCAUGUCUCUCCAGCGCUUCCAGCGGAACAAGGUCAAGCUGCAGCCGCGCACGACCCACGGCCGCCACACGCCGUCCGACUACAAGCCGUCGAACCCCGACUCGACGCUCUUCCUCGUAUGUUACCAUCUUCCCAUCGACAUCUCAAAGGAUCCCGUCACGGGCACAUGGACGGCCGCGUGGAACAAGGACAGUCUCAUCUCGCGAUCCGAGAAGAGCAUCGCCGAGUCCAUGAAGGUCAAGUGGGUGGGGUGCAUCACCACGGAAGUGACAGUUCCGUCUACCGAUAACGCACCGUCGACUGUGGUGCCCAUGACCGACUCGGACAUGGCGGAGAUCACCGCCGUGUUGGCGGGGAUGGAUGCAUUUGCCAUCUUCUUACCCCCCGCCCUCGCCCGCAACCAUUACCAAGGGUAUUGCAAGUCCAAGCUAUGGCCAAUGUUUCACAACGUGGACAUUCUCGACAUUUACUCAAGUGUAUGGGAAGAAGAUUUGCAUCAAGCCAAUCACGACCAGUGGUGGGAAGCAUAUACUGCAGUCAACACUCGCAUGGCGCAGGCCGUGGCCGCCGCCGCCGCGCCGCACGACGUCGUGUGGGCCCAUGACUACCAUCUGCUCCUCUUCCCCAAGCUCAUCCAAGACCACUUCGCGUCGAUUCAUACCCCGCGGCCGCGCCUCGUGUUCUUCCUCCAUGUUCCAUUUCCGACCUCGGAAAUCUUUCGCGAAUUGAGCAACGGCGCGGCCUUGUUGGAAGGUGUGCUGGCGGUGGACGUCGUGGGGUUCCAUACAUUUGACCACGCACGACACUUUUUAAAUGCGUGCAAACGGUUCCUCGGGUUGACGUACCAAAGCCAAAGCGGCGUCAAUUUGGGCGUGGACUACAAGGGUCGGAACGUCGUGAUUGCGAUUUCCCACGUCGGAAUUGAAAAGAACUUGAUCCAGGAGGCGGUUCUAUGGCCCCAAGUGGUCGCAGCUGCCACAGCCCUUCGAGACAAACACAAGGGCAAACUGCUGCUGGCUGGCGUCGACGUGUGCCAGCGACUGAGUGGUGUUCCCCUCAAACUGCUCGCCUUCGAACAGUUCUUCAACCAAUGUCCAACCUGGAAAGAUAAGCUGGUGCUUGUUCAACGGGUGCACUUAACCUCGUCUCGGCAAGGCGACGAAGCGUACAGCAGCCACGAGAUCAAGCAACUGGUGACCCGCAUCACGGCGAGCCACGGCGCCGACGUGAUCGACUACGAAGAGAGCGCGACGCCGCUGAGUUUGGCCGACCGCCUCGCGCUGUGGCUGGCGUGCGAUAUGCUGCUGGUCACGUCCAUCCGAGGAGGUCUGAACCUCCAUCCCCUCGAGUUUGUCUUUGCCAAAGGCGCGUCGAAAGCCUCCGAUUUGCACGCCAAAGCCGGCGUCGUGCUCCUCAGUGAGUUCUCGGCCUGUUGCUGUGUACUCAAUGGCGGCCUCCGCAUCAACCCGUGGAAUAUCACAGAGGUGGUGAAUUCCCUGGAUCGGGCGAUCAACAUGAGCGGCGACGAGCGGCUCGGCCGGCGUGCGCGGGACUUGCCAUACAUCACCAACCAACCAGCCAGUAACUGGACGAAACAGGUGCUGUCGAUCCUCCAAGACAGCCUGGACGUGGACGACCAAUCAUCGCUCGACUUUCGCAAACUCGACCCAAUCAAAAUCAAGCACGCGUACGCCGCCAGCACCCGGCGCAUCUUUCUGCUAGACUACGGCGGCACCCUCAUUGCCCGGGAGAACAUGCCCAUGUACAUGAAGAAAGACUUCACGGCCGUGAGCGGCAAGAUCCCGACCCCGCGCAUGCUCCACGCCCUGCAGACACUGUGCGCUGACCCCCGCAACGCUGUGUUUGUCGUGUCGGGCGUGUCCCAGGUCAACCUCACGCAUGUGCUGGGCCAUAUUCCGUCGCUCGGGAUCGCCGCGCACAACGGCGCGCUGUUUUCAUGGGCGAAAUCCAUUCGAUUUGGCACCCCCAACGAAGAUGUCCAAGGCAAUGAAAAUGCCAAAGAAGACAAGAGUCGCGCUUGGUAUCACCACCGUCUAGUCGAGUACGACUGGUCGCCCAUCCGAGAGCUGGUGGAUCCGAUCCUCCGGACCUACUGCUCCCGUACCAAUGGCAGUGUCAUUCGGUACAUGGAUCAAGGCAUCGCAUGGAACUUUCGAUCAUGUGACCCUGAGUGGGGCCACAUGCAGUCGACGUCAUUGCAGGCCGAUUUGGAAGACGUGCUAAAGGACAUUCCCGUUACGAUUGUACGCAAGAAGGGGCUACUGGAGAUCGUACCCGAAGGUCUGCAUAAAGGCGUCGUGGCGCGGCACAUUCUGACGCUGGAUGCCGCGAGCCACGGCGGACAUCCCGAUUUUAUCUUCUGCAUGGGCGACGACACCACGGACGAGAGCAUGUUCAAAGCCAUCUACGAAUACUACGCCGAGAGUAGUACUAGUACUAGUAGUACUACUAGUAGUACUAUGGACCCGUCCAAGGACCAGCAGCUGCAGCAUGUGUUUACGUGCACGGUGGGCAAGAAACCCUCGAACGCGCAUCUGUUUGUAAACCACGUGGACGACGUCGAAGAGCUGCUGCAUACCCUCGGCACCCCCUAGAUAGUACUACUGGAUAGUACUACUAGUCUCGGCUGGGUGGGGAUUAGAUUCACAAAUAACGUGCGAUUCUCGAUCUUGAUCUCGAGUUUGGUCGUGUGCUAUUCAUAUGAUUAAUAUUAAUAGAUGUGGACACGAGCGAGGA